GCAUCGACAUGUGAGGAGUACGUUUUAUCUGGGAUAACAAAAUUUCGAAAUCGUCAUUCAUUUCUCGCGCACAAAAUUGUAUACCUUUUUUAUUCACCUGUACGUAUUAAAGCGUAACACAAAAAAAAAAAACACGAAUGCGAGCAAGCAUAAAAAUUAACACAACUUUACAAACCAUAUAGCAAAACACAUAACAUUUCACGCUUCCCCUUUUCCCUCUUUUGAAAGAGAAACACCCGUUAAACGAGUUUUACAAACUUUCGCAAAGCGUUAACCAGGAAAAAAGUACAUACAUAUAUACAUACAUACAUACAUACGUACGUACGUGUAUAUAAAAUUUCGCCGCACUUACCUUUUUUUCACUUAAAAAUUAUUCAAAAUGGGAAAGGAAAAAACACAUAUCAACUUAGUCGUUAUCGGCCAUGUCGAUAGUGGAAAAUCCACGACCACCGGUCAUAUUAUUUACAAGUUGGGAGGUAUUGACAGGAGAACCAUAGAAAAGUUUGAGAAAGAGUCCGCCGAAAUGGGUAAGGGUAGUUUUAAGUACGCGUGGGUGUUGGAUAAGCUAAAGGCCGAAAGAGAAAGAGGUAUCACUAUCGAUAUCGCCUUAUGGAAGUUCGAAACGCCCAGGUACUUCUUCACAGUCAUUGAUGCCCCCGGUCAUAAGGAUUUUAUCAAAAAUAUGAUUACGGGUACGUCGCAGGCUGAUGUGGCUCUCUUGGUUGUUCCUGCUGAGGUUGGUGGUUUUGAAGGUGCCUUUUCAAAGGAAGGUCAAACUAAGGAACACGCCUUGUUAGCCUUCACCCUCGGUGUGAAACAGAUCGUUGUUGGUGUCAACAAGAUGGACACUGUGAAAUACUCAGAAGAUAGAUACGAAGAAAUUAAGAAGGAAGUUAGGGAUUACCUGAAAAAGGUCGGAUACCAAGCUGACAAGGUUGACUUUAUCCCCAUUUCUGGAUUUGAAGGUGAUAACCUGAUUGAGAAGUCAGACAAGACCCCAUGGUAUAAAGGAAGGACCUUGAUCGAGGCUUUGGACACUAUGGAACCACCCAAGAGACCAUACGACAAACCUUUAAGAAUUCCACUCCAAGGUGUGUACAAAAUUGGUGGUAUUGGUACCGUGCCCGUUGGCAGAGUCGAAACUGGUAUUUUGAAGGCCGGUAUGGUUCUCAACUUUGCCCCAUCUGCUGUCGUUUCGGAGUGUAAAUCCGUCGAAAUGCACAAAGAAGUUUUGGAAGAGGCAAGACCAGGUGACAACAUCGGAUUUAACGUAAAGAACGUUUCUGUUAAAGAAAUCAAGAGAGGAUAUGUCGCUUCUGAUACCAAGAAUGAGCCAGCCAAGGGAUGCUCCAAAUUUACUGCCCAGGUUAUCAUUUUGAACCAUCCUGGAGAAAUUAAGAACGGAUACAGUCCCGUCCUAGAUUGCCACACUGCUCACAUUUCUUGCAAAUUUUUGAACAUCGACUCGAAGAUUGACAAGCGUUCUGGUAAGGUCGUUGAGGAAAACCCUAAAUCAAUUAAGUCUGGUGAUUCAGCCUUGGUUAGUCUCGAGCCAAAGAAGCCUAUGGUUGUUGAGACCUUCACUGAGUAUCCACCCCUAGGAAGAUUUGCUAUUCGAGAUAUGAGACAAACCAUCGCUGUCGGUAUCAUCAAGGCGGUCGAAAAGAAGGAGCCAGGUGCCGUGUCAGCCAAAAACCCAGCAAAGAAAUGAACGCACCCACGCUUCGCGGCGUACCACAUGUACAAACCCUGUAUACAUUGUACACAUGUCAUGUGCGUAUGCGAGUACGUACCUGCGCAUAUACCCUGGUGUAUGCCACACGCACAUAUAUUUACUUAAGGUUUUACUUGUUUGUUCCAUUUAUACGUGUGUAAAAAUGGAUCAAAUAUCGGAAUUAAGCUAAUUAUAUAUUGUAAAAAAUGUGAAAAAAAAAAAAAAAAAAAUUAACCCAAAUUGCAUAAUUUUGGCUGUUUUUAUAUCAUUUUAUUUUUCCACAUGGGGUAUAUACAAAAAUAUUAAACGAAAGCAAAGACCAACGAGUUUCCCCCCACAAAGAGUGUACAUAUAUGUGUAUACAUGCGUAUAUAUGUGUAUAUGUGCAUAUAUUUACAUAUGUAUGUGUGUAUAUGCAUGUGUGUGUGUAUAUGUACGUAACUUAAAUUAAAAACGCGCUACAAACAAACUGAAGAUUACAAGUGUGCAACAUAUGAGCAAGUUGGG